AUGAGCGCAACCGACAACGAUGCGCUGAAUCUGUUCCGAUCGAGUGUGGCAGCCUCGUCACCGCCCUUGCCGACACGCAGCGCCGAUGCAUCAUCAGCUACCGAUAUUGCGCCUUUGACCGAAGCAUCUCACCUGCUCUUCAACACACAAUCUGCUGCCGAUGGCGUCCAACACACUGCGCUUCCAUUGACGACAGUAACAAGAUUCGUCUCGCAAACCAAUGGCGCCCUCGAUCUGGCCAGUAUCUUCUGGUGUUGGCAGAACAAGGACAAGAGCACAGGAGACUACAUUGCUGCAACUCAGGAGCUCAACACGGCGCGUGCAUCCAAUGGCCUCGGCGAAGUGCGCAACCUGGUUUUUGCUGAGAAGCUCGAUCUGAUCAACUGGUUGUCCGGAGAGAAUGAUAGCGAGUUCAUCAAGAGUCUCGAUGACAACCGCCAGACGCGUGCUCAGGCACACGAUGCUGCAAAGAUGGCUAGUGGAGACGGCGAUGUGGUCAUGCAGGACGCAAGAGCCGAAGACGACAAGCUACGCGACAUCUACGCGCUCGAGCGCAAGACUGGCGACCGCAACUCGAUUCUCAGAGGCAGCAAGCCUACCGACUUCUCACAUGUGCGCAAGUACGCCGAAGCCUUCCUUGGCCGCUCCAAGGCCUCAGCACCAACGCCGGCUCUCAUCACACCAGCGCCCGCUAUCCGCCCUGCCAAACCAUCCAGUGGCCGUCGUCCCGAGCCCAUCAUCCUCCUCUCCCCUUCAGCAUCAUCGCUACUUCGUCUGGCAAACGUCAAGUCUUUCCUCAUGGACGGCAUCUACACCCCUCCUACCUCGACCACAUCAACCACUCUCAACAUCCUCCAUGUCAACCGCCUCAUGCCAUCCAUCGAACCCACCCGCCCCCUGCGUUUCAUUCUCGUCGAGUCGCCUGAUAACUUCAAGCCCGAUUACUGGAAUCGCGUCGUCGCCGUCUUUACAACUGGCCAAGCUUGGCAAUUCAAGGGUUACAAGUGGAGUCAGCCUGCCGAGCUCUUCAACCAUGCUUUGGGUGUCUACGUCGGCUGGCGUAACGAACUUCUCCCCGACACAAUCAAGGGCUGGGGUAGAGGUGUGCUGAACGUUGGCAUCGAUGCAUACCGUGAGGGCCAAACUGUCCAGCAGAGAUGGAGAGAUCGUGAGACUGUCGAAGAGAUCUGGAGUGCUAUUGAGGCCUCCAUGAGAGCUCGUGGUUUUAACAGAGAGACGAGAUAG